UGCAUCGUUGGAAGCCAUAGUUUUUUACUAUAAAAGGAAUUUAAAGGCACACAAACGAAAGCAAAAAACUCAUUGGUGUCUCUUAGCAUUACACCCACAAGAAAAAUCAUAUUCUUUUUACAUUUCAAUGGACAUGGAUCAAAAAGAAGUGUCUAAUAAUGUUCUUUCUCAUACAUCCGAUGGAGAGAAUGCUUGUUCUUCAGGAUCCUGCGUUGAAAAGAAACUCAGAUUAUUUGGGUUUGAGCUUAAUCCAAGCAACAAUGGUGCAACUGAAUAUUUCAAAGUAUCCACUGAAGGAGAUGAAAGCGUCAACUCAUCAACCAAGGAUAAAACCUCGAAAGGAGAUCAACCGGAGGACAAGAAAUUUGAGUGCCAAUAUUGUUUCAAAGAAUUUGCAAAUUCACAGGCGUUAGGGGGUCAUCAAAAUGCCCACAAGAAGGAGAGACUGAGGAAGAAAAGACUGCAACUUCAAGCCAGAAAAGCCAGCAUCAACUGUUAUCUUCAACCUAACCAGAACAACAUAAAUUUCAGUUACCGUCAUGCCUCCAAUGCCUGGUUCUAUGAUCCUUCCAUCUAUUCCCCUGAUCAAUUCGCCCUAUACGAUCAAGAAUCUCAGAUUAGUUUCAGUUCUCAAGAUCAAGAUGCUUCUCAGCUAUCAAAGUGGUACACCAUACCGGCUCAUAAUAUUCAUUUUCAACAAGAUUCUUGCAUGUUCACUUUAACACAGGCUGAUAAAUCUCGAGAUAAAAGAUCUGCAGCCAUCAUCCCGCCUUCACCUUUGUCUUCUUCUAAACAAAGCUGCAAGUCGUUGGAUCUCCACUUAGGCCUCAGCUUGCAAAGUGGAAUAUAACUGAUAAUAAUUCAUAGUAUAGGUAAAAAGUGCUAUGUAUUCUUCAGGGAUAUGAAUUUUUUCAAUUGAAAUUUACAGACUGAAAUGCUUAUUGAAUUAAAACUCCUGAUACUUGGCUAGCAUGGCCAGCAUACACUGUACCUCACAAGAAAAAAAAAUGGCAACUUACAUAGUUAUGCCACUGGUUUUAGAAGAUUACCAUAUAAAUUCCUGCUGUAUGUAAAUCAGAGGGGCAGAUGAAGAUUUAAUAGAAAAUUUAUUCUAGAA